AGAGACGUUCGCGCUAUGCCGCCGUAUCAAACAGGGAAACAUCUAAGCAGUGCUGGGUGAUAGAAAGCUAAUAAAAAAAAAACGAAGCAAAACAAAACUAUCGAUUAACCCACUAGUGCAGCCUGCCCAAGAGCACCGUCGCCCCUCUCGCACUCUCGCGCCGUGCGGGCAAAGGGUUAUUGCUGUUAAAAGGGCCGGCCAGUCGCUUGCAAAACACCAGUAGCAGUUCUGUGUGCCAUUGCUGAACACAACAACGCGCCCGAUUCCGAAGUCUUUUAUAGUGAUCCAGCCUCCAGCCAGCCGGGUAGAGUUAGGUAGCACAAAAAAAAAAAACAAAUAGAAAAGGAAAGACAGCUAGCGAUGGCUUACCAAGGCGAGCAGAAGCGUGAUACGACAAACAGUUUGAAAGUGACGCAGCUCGAUGCCCAAAGUGAGGAGGAGGAACGCUCGGAGACAGCCAAGCUGACCAGAUACAACGAUGGAUCGGUCAAGCUGCGCAAUCCCAACAUUGAGCUCAUGGACCAAGACAUCCUGUACCAUCUGGCGCUCGGUAGCGGCAGCCACGAUCUGCACGAAAUGUUCGGCGACGUGAAGUUCGUCUGCAUGGGCGGCACGCCGAAGCGCAUGGAAACGUUCGCGCACUUUAUAAUGGACGAGAUAGGCUACAAGCUGCCCGCCGGCACCCAGCUGCAGGAUAUCAGUGCAUUUUCCUAUCGCUACUCAAUGUACAAGGUUGGUCCAGUACUCUCCAUCAGCCAUGGUAUGGGCGUACCGUCCGUCGGCAUUCUGCUGCACGAGCUGAUCAAGCUGAUGUACCACGCCAAGGUGAAGGAUCCGAUCUUCAUGCGGAUCGGUACGUGCGGCGGUAUCGGUGUCGAGGGCGGCACCGUCGUCAUCACGGAGGACGCGUACGACGGUUUGCUCCGGAACAGCUACGAACUGGCAAUUCUUGGCAAAAUCGUUCAUCGUCCGGCUAUUUUGGACAAGCGGCUGGUACGCGAACUGAAAUCGCUAGCCACGCAAGAUGAUCCGUACGACACCAUCAGCGGCAAAACGAUGUGCACCUACGAUUUCUACGAAGGCCAGGGCAGGCUAGACGGUGCGUUCUGCGAGUUUACCGAAACGGACAAAAUGGCCUACCUGGAGAAGCUGCGCGACUUUGGCGUGGUUAACAUCGAGAUGGAGUGUACCAUCUUCGCGGCGCUGACGCACUACGCCGGCAUCAAGGCGGCGAUCGUCUGCGUCACGCUGCUGGACCGGCUGAAGGGCGACCAGGUGAUGGCGCCGAAGGAGGUGAUGAACGAAUGGCAGCAGCGGCCCCAGAUACUGGUGUCCCGGCUAAUCAAGAAGCAUCUCGCCCAGAUGGGCCAGCUCAAGUCGCUCGCCUCGACGCCCUCGUCGAUCAAGUCGCCGCGCCGAUUUAAGCUGGUGCAGCAGGAAUCGGAGGCGCACGAGUAAGGCACAGCGGGGGUGCAACUAGCAUCUGCUAGCAGCAAAUCAUCCCUUUUCCCCUCUCCCAAUCCUGCCCCCCCCCCCCCCCACAAGCCCCUGAUUGCCCGAAUGGAGGCUCAGCAUCUGCCACGAUAUUUUCUGUUUCUGUUGUUUGUUGUGUUUUUAACCAGCGUACAGGCUAGAAUAUUUCUCACUAACCACGUGUGCAUCUAUGGCAUGCAUAUCCGUAACAUUAAUCGCGUUAUUAAAAAGACAAAUAAAGAGUAGCAAAUAAUACAAGCAGUCCUAGCAAAACAAAAAAGCAAAGGAAAUAGGGAGAGAGAGAGGAAGCAUUGGAGGCGGUAUUGUGGUAAAGCAAAGCGAGGGGAUUAAACACUAAACACACGCUGAUACAUACGAAAAGCGCAUUACGCCAAUAUGAAUAGAUCGUGACAGUGCCUGCUGCAUAUGAGCAGGUUCCCUCCCACCUCCCUGCUCACAAACACCCAUACACUGCACAGUGUAGGUACAGGUCACUGUAGUAUCAGCUUAUAGAACAUAAUUUAAAAAUUGGCCGCUUACUAUAACUGCUAACGAGCCUUUGAUUUUUGGUUCUCGAAUCAUACCGCCCCUUACUUAGGGGCAUCUUACUUACUCUCUAUAGAAUUCAACAUGCAAAUAUCGAUGUGUACUGGCUUUCUGUAUUGGCGGAGUGUUGCGUUAAAGACACACACACAAACACACCGGCAAACGCACCUAAACUUAGUAGUUACAACAUACCAUAGAUAUUGUGUUAAGGGGUGUACUAAAGAGGAGAGAAAACAUCGCUGCCGUGUGUGCCACUGCCCGAGUGUGUUGUGUGAACAAGCGAAAAAGCAACAACAAACAAACAAACAAAAAGGUUACUUGCAUGUGAUGCAUUGCAAACGUUUGAUAUUCCAAUAUAAUAUUAUACCACAAUUUUACUAAACACAGUCUCCGACGACCAACAAGAUCGUUCCACAAUUACUAAACGUUGUAAAAGCCGUUUUUGUUUUUCUUUCCUGCCAUGCGCGUUGGCACAUAAUGGAAGAAGCUACGCAGCAGUUUGUCGUUUCGGUGGUCUAAUCGUAUUUCGUUAAACCAGCGGAAUGAAUGUGUGGCGGGUUUGUGUGUGUGUUUUUGAAAGUGUUGUAAUUUAAACUCGGUGUAAAGGUGAUACGUUUCCCGGACAUAUACGAGUGUGAGCAUUAGGUUAUGAGUUUGGCAAGGCAAACCGAUGUUUUGGUUAAAUAUUGUGUGUGUUCCCUCCGUACCCUUCGCUCCUCAUUCCCGGAACGUUAAAGAAUUAACAAAACAUAAACACGUUAAACAUCAUGACGCAACGAUCUCUUCAUUAAAUGAAAAUAAAAUAAAACAUUAAAAAAA